CAUCCCUCCUUCACACAGCGCUAUGAUUGAAGUUUCACGAGAGGCACCUCAAGGUGGGGCUAAAUGGUCUCUAUUCCCAAUAAUUUCGCGUAGGCGGAGUCUCACUUUCAUACUCUAGCUAUGUGCUGCCUUUCAGUGACUACCGUGCCGUACUGUAGGCUACUCAGCAAAAGCAAGCGGAUGGAAUAAGUCGAAAUAGCUUGCACUUCAGGUUUCCAAAACCCUCCUUCGAUACCGCCCAGUCUCGUAGAAAAAGUGAUUGUGUUUCGGGAAGACACAGGCUCUGACACAUGAAAGGAAGACGCAUACAGAUUCCAAUGUUGUAGUUGAAGACAGUUUAUCUUUUCCACGCACAGUCUGAUCUGCUAAAGGGAGUAUUUCAUAUCAGGUUUCACGUUCAGUUCUGACCAGCUGGGAGAGCAGAGAGAGGGAGAGAGAGGGCUUGUUUCUCUUCCCCUCCGACUCUGGGUCUUGGAACUCAGGAGCGCAGGAAAGCGAACCACGGCGUGGAACCCUAAACCUGUGUAGGCAAGAUAAAACGUCCGUCGGAAUUUGUUAAGGAUUCUCUUUUGCGAGAUUGACACAUAGGUGAGAGCAAAUAGAUCGUAAGAGAUGGACGAGCAGCCGCGGUUGAUGCACUCUCAUGCGGGAGUAGGGAUGGCAGGGCAUCCCGGCUUGUCUCAACAUAUGGAAGGCACGGGAGGGACGGACGGCGAUGGGAGAAAACAGGACAUUGGAGACAUUUUACAGCAAAUAAUGACCAUCACAGAUCAAAGUCUGGACGAAGCUCAAGCUAGGAAACACGCCUUGAAUUGCCACAGGAUGAAGCCUGCUCUCUUCAACGUCUUGUGUGAAAUCAAAGAAAAGACAGUGCUGAGUAUCCGUGGCGCCCAGGAGGAGGAGCCUCCAGAUGCCCAGCUCAUGCGAUUGGACAACAUGUUGCUGGCGGAGGGCGUGUCUGGACCUGAGAAAGGGGGCGGUUCUGCAGCGGCCGCGGCUGCGGCUGCAGCCUCAGGAGGCGGGGCAGGAGCAGAUAACUCAGCGGAACACUCGGACUACAGAGCCAAGCUCUCUCAGAUCAGACAGAUCUACCACACAGAGCUGGAGAAAUACGAACAGAUGGUAUCCCAGUGCGGAUGGAGGGGGGAGAGUUACACAGGGAGUCAUGGCAACGGAAACAAGGCUUGUAACGAGUUUACUACCCAUGUGAUGAACCUGCUGAGGGAGCAGAGUCGCACGCGGCCCAUCUCUCCCAAGGAGAUCGAGCGCAUGGUGGGGAUCAUCCACCGCAAGUUCAGCUCCAUCCAGAUGCAGCUCAAACAGAGCACCUGCGAAGCCGUCAUGAUCCUGCGCUCACGCUUCCUCGACGCCAGACGGAAAAGACGGAACUUCAACAAACAGGCGACAGAGAUCCUGAAUGAGUACUUCUACUCGCACCUGUCUAACCCCUACCCUAGUGAAGAGGCCAAGGAAGAGCUGGCCAAGAAGUGCUCCAUCACAGUUUCACAGGUUUCCAACUGGUUCGGAAAUAAAAGAAUCAGAUACAAGAAAAACAUUGGAAAGUUCCAGGAAGAAGCCAACAUGUACGCUGCCAAAACUGCUGUGAACGCGACCAACGUAUCCUCACACGGGAGCCAGGCUAACUCGCCCUCCACUCCAAAUUCUGCAGGUUCUGCUGGAUCUUUUAACAUGUCAAACUCCGGUGACUUGUUCAUGAGCGUGCAGUCUCUCAAUGGGGACUCGUACCAAGGGGCUCAGGUGGGAGCCAACGUGCAGUCACAGGUGGAUACCCUUCGCCAUGUUAUCAGUCAGACAGGCGGAUACAGUGAGGGCCUCACAGCCAGCCAGAUGUACAGUCCGCAGGGCAUCAAUGCAAACGGAGGCUGGCAGGAUGCUACCACCCCCUCAUCAGUGACAUCACCCACAGAAGGACCCGGAAGUGUUCACUCGGACACGUCCAACUGAUCCCUCCACCCUUCUCCUCCACCACCGUCCAGACAGCCCUAACCUCCACCCUCGAUCAUCCAGCCAGCUUCCCAGCCAGCCCCCCCAUCAGGACUGGAGGUGACACACUAGACUCGUCACAGGGCAGGAGACCUCUCUCUACGGGUGGGGACUACAGAAUGAAACACCAUCACCACCACCAGACAGUUCUUUACAACCAACCAUGACACAGUCAGUCAGUCAGUAGCCCGAGUAGGGCUCUUUUCUUCCACCUAUCUACAACCCCCUCACUGUCUGUUUGUACAGUUUUCUUCGCCAUUUAUCCAUGUUGCCUCAUUGUGUGAUCAUCUGAUUUAUAACACAGUAGGCAAACAGUUACAACACGUAUAUACAGUAUGGCCCGUAUCUUGUAGAUUUAAAUGCUUUUCACACUACCUCUAUUGAAAAUAACAAGAAAACAACAACAAUGGUACAUCUUCUAAAUAAGCUUUGUUUUUUGUUGUUGUAAUUACUGGUAUCGACAGUAGCUCUCAAUCUCCUUUUGUCCUGUCUCAAGGCUUGUUUUUAAGGACAGUUUUGCCUUUGUGACAAGUUUCACCCUAUAUAAUUACUUAAUUCACAACAUAAAAUAAAUUCUAUUAAAAUUGUCCAGUGCCAAAGUUCAACACAGGAGAUGAAUUUGUAUAAUAUGAAUUGUGCUUGUAAAUAAAACAUCCCUCUGACAUUUCAUAUCAAAAAAUGGUUCAUCACUGUAUUUAAUUACAUUUCAUGUUAGCAGAGUAUCAACAGGGUGCUUUGAAAAGGAGAUUCAACCUUUCCUCCUCAUUUUAAGCAUUCCGUUUCAGAGCUUCUACAUUGGCCAAUAAGACGUUAAACAUUUUUACUGCAAGAAUGGUAGCCUAUGUUUUCUGCUCAUACUGAAUGCAGCACAGCAUGAGUGAUAACCAAUGCAUAAGCAAACAUUAUGAGAGUAACAGUGUGCUCCAGAAUAAAUGGAAGAGACUGUCUGGAAGGUCAGAAGGGAAUGGAUCGUGGGGAUUCUAGCUACUGGAAUUCUAAUAAAUUCACCGCUCUUGAAAUAUUGUUUGUAGUGUGCACUGCAUCCAGAGACCAUUGACCUGCAGUUUACAAUCUACCCAGAACACUUAAUCAAUGAGUACAUUAGCAUCAAUUAUAAUAAGCCAAUAUGUCUUUAAGCACAGUGACUUACAGUGAUUACCCUGGGUAACACUUAUAUUUGUCAAAGAGAAGAACACAGUACAGAGAACACACAUGAAUGAUAGUUGUACUCUAUUCUAUACAGUCUACAUAUACGGAACAUAUGGUGUGUAUGCAUCCUGUACACAUACAUACACUACCAUUAUCACCAUCACUGUGCUAUCGUAAUAGCCAAAUACUGCUGGUAACCAAAAUCACUUGUUUAAGUGCAAAAAAAGGCAUUUUAAUGUAGAUUUUAAUUCUGAUUUUGUGGUAUAAUGUUGUAGUAAUUGAAGACACGACUACACAUGAUGAAAUAUCUCUCAAAAUUACAGUCUUUGUUUGGUGUUUUUGGUGCUAGUUAGCUCUUUUAUUUCCUAUUUCUCAGUAGUAUAUUUCUGUCCAUUUAUUAUUGUCACCCAGUUUGAAUUUCUCCAUUCAACCUCAUCACUCAUAUCAUCCUGUUUUUACAUUUUGGUUAUCACGGUUGGUCUCUAUUCACUCUUAUGUUUCAGCAUCCUCCUAGCAUAUGGCGUCAGUCUAAAUUACGCAAAUAAAAAAUAAAUCAUUUGAAAUUAGAUGUAUAAUUUUGUUGUAUUUGAUUUUAGCUACAGUAUUUAUGACACACAAAUACACAUUGCUUUCUUGGGCAUUUCAACAUAUCCACCAUAUUAUUACAUAGAUACCAAAAAAUAACUGCAGAAACAUCAGCUCUAUACAUUGGGAUCAGCUUGACCAACUCGACUUUGUUUGUUUUGUAAAAUUGUGUAUUAACUGAAGUACUCCACGAACAUCUCAUAGGAAUGUUCAGGUACUCUUUCUGUACUCAAAACACCAAAAUGCAGUCCGAACACGGUAGUGUUUGUUUAUAGGAAUGAAAUGGAAAAGACUAACCCUAAUGGCACACAGACAGAUACAGAUGUUUGGAUAUAUUUUUAUGUCCUCAUGUUGUGAAUAAAUACAUUUGGCUACUGUUUUACUUUUCUUUUGCUUGGUUACAGGACUUACAGUACGUUCUAUUUUAUUUUCUUGCUAGCAUAAUGUGAAUUAGCCCAAGAAUGCUCUAUGUAUGUAGAUGUACACCUUAAUUCUUGUUUAGCGUUUUUUGGGGAAUUGGACAGUAUCCAUUUUAAAACAAAGCAGCUACAGUAAAUGUUUGACCGAGACAGACAGACAGUAGGACAGAGUUCCUUUCACAUUACGGAUAUAAUCCACUCGCUGGUUCACUUUGUACUUUCUAAAGCAUCGACACAAAAGCUUGCUUCUAAAAUGGGUACUGUCUUGUUAAUUAAAGGUGAUGUGAAAAGUUUGUGUGAACACUGUCUCACGACAGUGUUUUUAGCCCAACUAAAUCCAUGGUAAUAGAUAUACAUUAUAUAGUAUUUAAAAUCAUAAUCAACAUCUGUAUAGAUAACUACAGUACCACACAGCUGAAUCCACCAUAGACUGCAUAUCACAGAACUAAGCUCUUCUUUCACAAACUACAUUUUAUAUUUGAUGUACUUUUUGGAGACGUGGAAGUGUACUAUGAUGAGUGAAGCAAAAUCUUGUUAUUUUUUUGAUAACUACAAAUGGCUUAAUUUGCUCCCACAUCUGACAGUCCAGUUGACGGACAACACAUAGGUACACUAUGAGUGGAGUAUGUUUGAGUGGUAUCCUGGCCUUUCGAUACAGAUUUUAGCCAUGUGGCAAGCAGAACAAUAGCUUUUGUGAUGCGUUGGCCGUAAAAUAAGUAAAAGUUACUCUACUUUUCACAUUGACUUUCCAGUAUCAUCAUUAUUAUUGAAAGCUUCAUGUAAUGAUGCUUUUAGUUUUUGGAUAUAAAAGGGAGAGAAAAAAUAACUAUAAAAAAUAAAGAAGAAACUGAACAAUUUGUAAAACAUCAAAUGUUUUCUUUGUGGCAUGUCUUUUGUUCUUUAAUAAAAUACCGUACUGCAGUGUUUUUGAAUGUUACUUAUUUUUUAUAAAGAUUUCAGAGUGAAAUCAUGGAUCCUUUUCUUGACAGGUUUGACAUUUUAAGAUCUCUGCAUAUGUAAAAAAAAAAAAAAAAAAAAAAGUAUAACAUUGGAAACCGCAAAACUAUUGUCUUUUUAAUUCCGAUUUAAAACCUGUUUUCUGUGGAGAAAAAAAUAGCUAACAAGGUGUAGGUUUUAUGGUCUCUUUCUUUGUACUGGUAAUGCAUAUUCCAAAUAAAUUGUUUCUUUUGUUGCA